AUGAUCGCUUUUGAGACGGAUGCUGAGGGAGGUUGGAAAUAUAGAUGUAGCUGUCGCCACACUCUAGACGUGAAAUAUGACGCUGCUCACUCACAAGCAGACAUACGACGGUCCGAAAUCCUAGAUUUCGGAAACGGAGGUUUUCUAUUACACAACAUAUUAACGCCGACAGAAUGUGCAUCUAUCAUUGACGGGGGAGAGAAAAUAGGAUUUGAAAGUAUACACGCAAUUCGACAUAUCUACAGAGGAUCUCAGAGGAUCACGAUAGAAAGUCAGUCCCUGGCUGACCUGUUAUGGACCAGGGUACAGCCGUACCUGGAAGAGCUAGACAUUCCCUGUGAUUCACGUUCUCAACAUGUACACGGUGUGGUCAAAGACAAAUGGGUCCCAGUCGGAGUCAACAAGUCAUUCGGUCUUAUUCGGUAUAAUCCUAUUGGCCAUUUUGCUCCUCAAUUUGAUUGGAUCGAGCAGAAUUCUGAACAUCGGUCCAUGAGAACUUUGAUGGUCCACCUCAACGGGGAUUUCCUAGGAGGCAGCACAAACUUUGUAGGCGACAUUGAAACACUCUUUACGGAUGGAACUGGAACAUGCUCUGCUCGAGAGGAAGACUCCCUUUUUACGAUCCAGCCGGAGUCCGGUAUGGCUAUCAUAUAUGACCAUGGUUGUCUAGUCGAAGGCCAAAAGCCUGGGGGUGAUAAGACAUACAUUCUACGAACGGUUUUAAUGUACAAAAGACAGCAGGGACAAAAUUGACAACAAAGAAUUAAAAAGCACUACAUCUGACAACAGAAGGUGUUUUUUUCUGGUCCAAACACUAAUGUGGUAACCAUUAGAGAUGCAGAGACAGUAGGAAAUGUGUAAUGCCGCUCACCGAUGGAUUCAUCUCAAUUUAUUUAACAUGGCAAGGAAGUGGUUGUCUGCAAUAAAGACGCAGGAUAAUAUCUAAAUGAUGUAAAGCAUAUUGGGAAAAACCAAACCUGAAGGAGGAUAUAAUGUAUCUGAAUUGGUAUUUGAUACGAAAAUGAACUUGCUCAUUGUCGGGCUAGAGACGAGACGAACGUGUGGCUAUAUACCUUCAUUGGUCUAUAGUUCUAUUGGUAUUUUUAAUUAUUGUGAAAAGGAAAAAUGACUACACAUCAGAGAAAGACGUUGUACAAUGAUGCAUCAUAUAACUGUCACGGUGAUUUAAGCUUAGAAGUCUAUUAAUAUUUACUGAUAAAACACUUUAACUUUAUUGUGAUA